GUCAGGCUCAGAAGAAGGCGGCCCCCACGGAGGCCCUUUCGAUGGCGGGACAGCCAGGCCCAGGCCACGGAAAGAAGCUGGGCCACCGAGGCGUGGACGCGUCCGGGGAAACCACCUACAAGAAGACCACGUCAUCCACGCUGAAGGGCGCCAUCCAGCUGGGCAUCGGCUACACAGUGGGCAACCUGAGCUCCAAGCCUGAGCGUGACGUCCUCAUGCAGGACUUCUACGUUGUGGAAAGCAUCUUCUUCCCCAGUGAAGGCAGCAACCUCACCCCUGCCCACCACUUCCAGGACUUCCGCUUCAAGACCUACGCGCCUGUGGCCUUCCGCUACUUCCGCGAGCUCUUUGGAAUCCGCCCUGAUGACUACCUGUACUCACUGUGCAACGAGCCGCUCAUAGAGCUCUCAAACCCGGGCGCCAGUGGCUCGCUGUUCUACGUGACCAGCGAUGACGAGUUCAUCAUCAAGACCGUCAUGCACAAGGAGGCCGAGUUCCUGCAGAAGCUGCUGCCGGGCUACUACAUGAACCUGAACCAGAACCCGCGCACGCUGCUACCCAAAUUCUACGGGCUGUACUGUGUGCAGUCGGGCGGCAAGAACAUCCGCGUGGUGGUCAUGAACAAUGUGCUGCCGCGCGUGGUCAAGAUGCACCUCAAGUUUGACCUCAAGGGCUCCACGUACAAGCGGCGCGCCAGCAAGAAGGAGAAGGAGAAGAGCAUCCCCACCUACAAGGACCUGGACUUCAUGCAGGACAUGCCUGAGGGGCUGCUGCUGGACGCCGACACCUUCAGCGCCCUGGUCAAGACGCUGCAGCGUGACUGCCUGGUGCUGGAGAGCUUCAAGAUCAUGGACUACAGCCUGCUGCUGGGCGUGCACAACAUCGAUCUGCAUGAGCGUGAGCGGCAGGCGCAGGGCGCACAGGGCACAGCGGGCGAGAGGCGACCCGUGGGCCAGAAGGCGCUCUACUCCACGGCCAUGGAGUCCAUCCAGGGUGGCGCCGCACGUGGGGAGGCCAUCGAGUCGGAUGACACGAUGGGCGGCAUCCCUGCCGUGAAUGGCCGCGGGGAGCGCCUGCUACUGCACAUCGGCAUCAUCGACAUCCUGCAGUCCUACAGGUUCAUCAAGAAGCUGGAGCACACCUGGAAGGCGCUCGUGCAUGAUGGGGACACGGUCUCCGUCCACCGCCCCAGCUUCUAUGCCGAGCGCUUCUUCAAGUUCAUGAGCAACACGGUCUUCCGGAAGAACUCCUCCCUGAAGUCCUCGCCAUCCCGGAAGGGACGCGGGGCCCUGCUGGCCGUCAAACCGCUGGGGCCCACGGCCGCCUUCUCCGCCAGCCAGAUCCCUAGCGAGCGCGAGGACGCACAGUAUGACCUGCGGGGGGCCCGCAGCUACCCCACGCUGGAGGACGAGGGCCGGCCCGACCUCCUGCCCUGCACGCCGCCUUCUUUUGAAGAAGCCACUACAGCUUCCAUCGCCACCACCCUGUCGUCCACCUCCCUCUCCAUCCCCGAGCGGUCCCCCUCAGAGACGUCAGAGCAGCCGCGGUACAGGCGGCGCACCCAGUCGUCCGGACAGGAUGGCAGGCCACAGGAGCAGCCCCACGUAGAAGAGGACCUGCAGCAAAUCACUGUGCAGGUGGAGCCUGCGUGUAGUGUGGAGAUCGUGGUCCCCAAGGAGGACGCAGGGGCGGAGGCCCCCUCAGCUGGCGCCUCGGCCGCGGUCGAAGCGGAAACGACCAGCCAGGCCUCGGAGCCCGCCAGCCAGGCCUCGGAUGAGGAGGACGCGCCCGCCACCGACAUCUACUUCCCCACAGGCCGCAGAGCCCCCCUGCACUCACCCAGGCACGUCUCUGCAGACCCCCACCCGCACGGCCUGCGGGGAGGAGCUGGUCCUGCGAGACCGCACCUUCUAGAACUCCUGAGCCCUUGCCUUCCGCAGAGAGCCCGGGGCCUCCCUGGCCACGGCCUGUGAGCCUGUCGUGAACCCCUUGAGCCUGUGUCCUCCUGCUGCUGGUCCAGCCUCACAGCCCACUCCCUAUGCCUGGAGGAGCAGGCCACACCCCCCGGCCCCACCAGGGACACACGCUGCUGUGCCAGGAAGGAAAGGGUCUCAACAGGGACUAGAACGGCGUGACAGCACCGUGGCGGCCCGCCUGCCAGCUCCUCCAGCCCAGGGACCUAGCCUCGGCCCUGCCCGGCCCACGAAGGACACCCGUGGGCACUGGGGGGGAUCAGCAGGGGUCCAAAGGGCCGUCUGAGGCUGGACGGCCCACGGGGACGGCAGCGUCAUCUGAAGGCCCCAGAGGGCACACGGAGGUUCCUAAAGCCCUCACGUCCCCUUGCCCAGCCUGGCCCCAGGAUGUCCAGAGCCCUGGGGGGGACCCAGGCUGUCCCUGGGUGACGGGCACCGUGUCCAUCCCCCCCCAACAAAUCACAUGACCUGCGUGCUGACCCGGCACGCUUGAGGGAGAACACGCAGCCUCCGUGGACACGUGACGUUUCUGUGUUUGUGUCGCGUCUCCCAGGCCUCUUGGAGA